AUGAAGCUUGUUCAUUUUUUGAUGAAACUUCGCAAUGAGCAGGUCACAGUGGAGCUGAAAAACGGUACCACAGUAUGGGGGACGUUACAGACCGUUUCUCCGCAGAUGAACGCUACGCUUACAGACGUAAAACUGUCACUACCCAGCAAAAGUAGCAAUAUGGCCUUGGCAGGUGUUUUCCUGAGCGGUGGACAACACAAUGGGGAGCAGAAAACCACAUCCUUGCAAUACAUCAACAUCCGAGGUAAUACCAUCCGGCAAAUCAUAUUGCCAGACUCACUGAAUCUGGAUUCGCUGUUGGUUGACGAGAGACAUCUGAACCGCUUGAGACGCACAGGCAAGGUUGCCGACGACUAUAGCAGAAAGAGAAGAAUGGACGGUAACGAUGCUUCCACGAAACGAGUCAAGCGAGCCUUAUAG